AUGGUCUCCAAGGGCAUGAUCAAGGAUGCCAAGAAGCCAGAAAAAUUGAGCGUAUCAAGCGUGUGUCAAGGUUGUCUAGAAGGAAAAAUGGUUCAACGACCGUUCCCGAGCAAUCCAAACAAGCGCCACUACGAUCCGUUUGAGCUUCUACACAUCGACACUUGUGGUCCAAUGGAAGUCGACUCUCUAGGUGGAAGCAAGUACUUGCUGCUGAUCGUCGAUGAAGGCAGCGGAUGUAUGAAGGGUUUCAGUCUGCGCGCCAAGUCCGACAGCGAAGAGUGCAUCAAGAAGUACAUCAUGGCAGUACAGACGCAGUUUGACUACAAGGUCAAGUUCGUUCGACACGAUGGUGCACGAGAAUUUGCGGCGAAUUCGCUCAAGGCAUUUUACGAUGAUCAAGGAAUCGAGCAGCAAGUUACCGUUCCGUAUGCGCAUCAGACCAACGGCACGGCGGAACGGGCAAUUCGGACUAUUGUGACGAUCGGGCGCAGCAUGCUUCACUACGCCAAGCUGGACAAGUGUUUUUGGGCUGAAGCAGCAAUGACGGCAAUCUACAUCAAGAAUCGCCUACCAUCGCCCAAGUGCCAAGAUCAAACCCCCGUUCGAGAUCGUCAACGGAUUUCGACCAAGUGUGAAGCACAUGCGGGUUUUCGGCUGCCGAACGUUUGUGCUGACCCCUAA